CUAGGGCAAGCUGGCUGAGAGGCAAUCCAGUGCUCAGCUCCUCUCUGCAGGCUGAGAAAAGAGACAGAGAGCGAAAGACAACGAUUUUCAACGCAGGAGGGGAAAAAAAGCCGUGAGAUUUUGACAAGAACAGGAAGAUACCAAGAAUUAACUGAAGAUUUUCAUCUGCGGAUAUCAUUUAUUUAUACAUAUUGUUUAUAUAUCUAUAUAUAUAUAUUUGUACACACGCAUAUAGAUAUUUAUAUAUAUAUACAUUUAUCCUUGUACAUAUCUGUAUCUGUGCUUGUCUGUUUAUAUUAAUAUUUUUAUAUGUAUUUGUGUGUGUAAAUAUAUAUGAUAUAUAAACAAAAAAUAUCUAUAUAUCUAUGAAUUUAUAUGCGUAUCACUGUGAACCAAGAGAAGCAAGAGGAAAUUUCUAUCAUCAGGGCUGGUCUCUGAUUGUGUGGCGGUAUACAAUAUUUUAAAUAUUUCCUUUGAUCUUCAACGUCAAGAGGACAAAGACUACGUGCCCAUUUUGUAUUUUUGUUUUCCUGUCGCUGCUUCCCAUCCCUCUCAGUCCGUUUUUUUUUUCUGCGUCCGGAAGGAAUAAACUGGAGAGUGACAGGAUUUGACGAAAAGGGAAAAUCUGUAGAAAUUCCUGUGAUUAGUGUUAUUUCCAUCGGCAUUAGCGCUCUGUGAGCCGAUCACAGCGUGCUGUGUGAGAUCUGAGGAGGCAGCAGAGACAGAGUGCCACGCCGCUCAUCUCAGCGUCAGCCCAGCCAGCACAGCCAGCAUGCACAAACACCACCACUGCUGCAAGUGCCCAGAAUGUUAUGAGGUGACCCGUAUGGCUGCCCUGCGUAGGAUGGACGCCCCGUCGUAUGGAGGAGACUGGCAGGCCGAGCCCUAUGGAUACCCACCUGGGUAUGGUGGAGGCCAGACCUUACCCCCUCCAGCCUCAGGGGGAGGUGGAAGCAUGGGAGGAGGAGGGGGCACUUUAGGGAGAAGUAAGGGCAAGGUUAUGUCUGGUGGGGGCCCUGGAGGCCCCAACCCAAAGGGCCAAUCCAAGGGUGGCCCCAAAGUAAAUGGCAACAACUCCAGUGGACAAGGAGGAUGGUGGCCCGAGUGCACCUGCACCAACCGGGAGUGGUAUGACCAGGCCAACCCUCCCCCCAUCAUUGUCAACGCAGACUCACUAGAUGCAGGCCCUUAUGUUAAUGGAAGUGAUGGGAUGUAUAAAUAUGAAGAGAUCAUUUUGGAGAGGGGGAACUCUGGUCUGGGCUUCAGCAUUGCUGGAGGAAUAGACAAUCCCCACAUUCCUGAUGAUCCAGGGAUCUUCAUCACCAAGAUCAUCCCCGGAGGAGCAGCUGCUAUGGAUGGACGGCUGGGGGUUAACGACUGCGUGCUGCGUGUUAAUGAUGUCGAUGUGUCUGAGGUGGUUCACAGCCGGGCGGUGGAAGCCUUGAAAGAGGCAGGACCAGUGGUGAGGUUAUUGGUUCGACGGAGACAGGCCCCACCUGAGACGAUUCUGGAGGUCAACCUGCUGAAAGGGCCCAAAGGACUGGGAUUCAGCAUUGCUGGAGGGAUUGGGAAUCAACAUAUCCCAGGAGACAACAGCAUCUAUAUUACCAAGAUUAUAGAAGGUGGAGCUGCUCAAAAAGAUGGACGACUGCAAACCGGAGACCGCCUGCUCGCUGUGAACAACAUCGUGCUACAGGAUGUGCGUCAUGAGGAGGCAGUAGCUGCGCUGAAGAACACCUCCGAUAUGGUUUACCUCAAGGUGGCCAAGCCGGGACCUGUGCAUUUGAACGACAUGUAUGCCCCACCAGACUACUCCAGCACCUUCCCCACCAUGGUGGACAACCACGUCAGCCACAACUACAUGGGGGGAAUGGAACCCAAGCCAGUGUACCCGCCACCCCAAGUCACCCCGUCCAGGUACUCGCCCGUUCCCCGCCACAUGAUGGGGGAGGAAGACUUCACGAGGGAGCCAAGGAAGGUGGUGCUACACAAGGGCUCUACUGGUCUGGGUUUCAACAUUGUUGGCGGGGAGGAUGGAGAAGGGAUCUUCGUCUCCUUCAUCCUGGCUGGAGGCCCGGCUGACCUGAGCGGGGAGCUGAGGAGGGGCGACAGGAUUCUCUCAGUGAAUGGUGUGAAUCUAAGGAAUGCCACACAUGAGCAGGCAGCUGCAGCACUGAAGAGAGCUGGGCAGACCGUUACCAUCAUUGCUCAAUACAGGCCUGAAGAGUAUAGUCGCUUUGAGUCCAAGAUCCACGACCUGAGGGAGCAGAUGAUGAACAGCAGCAUGAGCUCAGGAUCAGGUUCCCUGCGCACUAGUGAGAAGCGCUCCCUAUAUGUCAGAGCUUUGUUUGACUACGAUCGAACGAGGGACAGCUGUCUGCCCAGCCAAGGCCUGAGCUUCUCUUAUGGGGAUAUCCUUCAUGUCAUAAACGCUUCUGAUGAUGAGUGGUGGCAGGCGAGGCUUGUCACACCUCACGGAGAGAGUGAGCAGAUUGGGGUCAUUCCAAGCAAGAAAAGAGUGGAGAAGAAGGAGCGGGCCAGGUUAAAAACAGUCAAGUUCCACGCCAGGACAGGCAUGAUUGAGUCUAACAGGCAGCCAGUCAAAGUAAAGCGCAAAAAAAGCUUCAACCUCUCACGCAAGUUCCCGUUUUACAAGAGCAAGGAGAAUAUUGUGCAGGAGUUGGUGGAGUCUGAACAAUGCCUGACAUCCAACACAAGUGACAGCGAAAGUAGUUCGAAGGGUCAGGAGGACACAAUUCUUUCCUAUGAGCCAGUCAUUCGACAGGAAAUCCACUACACAAGACCUGUGAUAAUUUUGGGCCCAAUGAAGGACAGAAUAAAUGAUGACCUCAUCUCUGAGUUCCCCCACAAGUUUGGCUCGUGUGUACCACGUGAGUUGACAACACUCGACACCUCUACACAGUACGCUAAACAAAAUAGCAGCAACAAAAAUAAACUUGUUCCAUUCACUUCUGCAGAUACAACUCGUCCUAGGCGAGAGAACGAGAUUGACGGCCAGGACUACCACUUUGUGGGCUCGAGAGAGCAAAUGGAGAAGGAUAUCCAGGAUAAUAAGUUUAUUGAAGCGGGCCAGUUCAACGAGAACCUCUAUGGGACAAGCAUCUUGUCUGUCAGAACUGUGGCUGAGAGGGGGAAACACUGCAUUCUGGAUGUUUCUGGGAAUGCCAUAAAACGACUGCAGCAAGCACAACUUUAUCCGAUUGCCAUCUUUAUCAAACCAAAAUCCAUUGAAGCCCUAAUGGAGAUGAACAAGAGGCAGACAUAUGAGCAGGCCAAUAAAGUCUUUGACAAGGCAGUUAAACUGGAGCAAGACUUUGGGGAGUAUUUCACAGCUAUUGUACAGGGUGACUCACUAGAGGAGAUCUACAACAAAAUCAAGCUAAUCAUUGAGGAGCAGUCUGGGCCCUACAUCUGGAUCCCCUCCUCAGAGAAACUCUGAGCUUCCUGCCGUCCUCUCUGCAUCGGCACAGAGCUCCCCUCCUGCCUCCCAGAGACCCCACCCAAGCCCAAAUAGCCCCUCUCCUCACCUCCUUUUUGCAGAUAUGUUUCAUAUCAAGUUUUAGUGUCAUCAUUAUGUUACUCUCUAAAUGAAAAAGAAGUCUUAUCACCAUUACUGUGACUGUGCACACCCCUGCAUGAGUUUCUCAACAAAUCCAUUCAAGACUGGAAAUGCCAUUCCAAAGGAAUUUGACAACCGAAAACAAAAGGGAAAAGGAAUACAUCCUUUUGUGAACUGGGACUGACUGAAGAUCAGAAGGUUUUGCAGAAAUCUGGAGAGGAGUUGGGAUUCAAAAAGAAGUUUCAGGGGAUCAGAGACAAAUCAUACCAAGUUGAAACACUUUGUAAAUGUUCAUCAAAUCACAUUAUAAAAGACACGCAAGACAAGAAGUUGAAGACCAAUAAAGGGUUUUUUCUUUUUUUCUAAAAAAGACUGGAUAAAUCGAGCCCUGCUGAUGGUACUGUUCAAGGAGUCAUCUCUCUUGUUUAUAAUGACUGAGGAAAUUAGUAGAGGAGCCUACAAACUGAUCUAUUUAUCACAAACCAGCUUGCUGUUUGGUCAUCUGCCAGUUGUCUGUGCUGCAGCCGAUAAAGACAUCUUGGGAGGCAGAUCAAGAGGAAGAAGUGCGUUGUGAAUCUCUACAUUUAUAUUAUGAAAUCACAAAAUAAAUGAUGAAAUCCUACUGAGAUUUUACUACAUAUUAAAAACUACACAUUUUACACUUCACUAGAAUUGUCAAUUUGGAGGGCUGUUAGUUCCUUUUUUGUUUUUGUUUUUUUUGUUAUUUUUUUCUUGUGGGAUUUUUUUUUUUUUGCUUGUGGUUUUUAGCUGCUCUGUGUAAAGGACGGGGGUAGAGAAGUGUAACUGGGCUCUCUGCAAAACACCAAACUGCCUUACAUCAAAUACAAAUUCUGUUUUGUGACUACCUGUUGUCUGUGAGGGAGGCUGAACACAAUUGAUGAGGAAAAUCUUUCCUAUUUGUGACCUCCAGCUGUCAGGAGGCCUGACUUGAGUGCAAUAGAUUAAGAAAAGAAGAAGAAAAAAAAUUGCCUCUGUUGGCACUUUCCCUCCCCUGUAUUUCAACCCUCUUCCUUUAUAAUUAAAGAAGAAUUUGGCCAAUGGAUUGCAAUUUGGAUAGCCAGAGCCUCCCAACUCAUGUUGAGCAGCAGAUCACCCUAUUACACUCUCUGCCUUCCCAGAGGAUUCUCUUCUGAUUGGUCACACGGUACUGUCGUAUCUGCCGCCAUGAUGGUGGCCUUAAAACGGGUAGAACAAGACAAUAAUUGUAUUGGAUGUCCUAAAUAUUAGAGUAACUAUAACCUGUUUUCGAUUGCCCCCCCGUCCACCAACCAAAAACACUAAAGUUGGGUUUGAGAAAACCUACGCUUUGUGCAUCUAUAAAUCGAUGAAUUCUUAAUCUAUUGUUGGCAGGUGCUGAAGCACUGUGUUGAGCUCUUGGCACGUCUGGGGGUGAGCUUGGCCAGCUCAGGAAUCUUAACAUACAGAUACCAUUUCCCCGUGACUGAACAGCCACGUUUGGGUGAUUGCACAGUUGUCAAAUGUGAACAAACUACUCAAAGGCACUGUCGCUUAGUUAAAGCUGUUUCCAAGUGGACAGUGUAAUCGGGCUGUACUGUCUUCUUUUUUCUGCAAGGCUGGGAGCUUGUUCAAGGCCAUCAGUUUGGUAACCUUUGAGUUUGCUUUGUGGCGUCACCAGGAUUGAAAUGACCUGCACCAUCCUUCCAUGCAUAUCUUGGCACUAUAUGUUAAUGUGUGCAUGUGAGAGAGCACGUCUGAAGGAGGAGUGCUGUGGCCCUUGACCCUGUGAACGCUUUUGGUUUCUUCCUCAGCUUUUUUUUUUUUUUUUUUUUUUUUUGGGAAGAGUGCAAAGGGAUAUACUUCUUUUUUUCUCCUCAGAGAGCCAGACCCAAACAAGAAGUGUUAACCUAGACCCCUGGGUCCCUUGCUCUCUCCCACCCACAGAGCACCUGUACCUGCAGGCAUUUUCUGAACAGGUGUGCCCACCUGCCAGGCACCACUGCUAAACCAGCUGUCAUUACCUGUGUCAAAACCAGAGUUCAGGGAAUUACCGAAGGGAACAGAGCCAUUUAUAAACUGCUUGCAGACUGUUUCAAAGGGUGUGGUAGCUGUACGAUGUAAAUAAGCCCCCAGCAGAUCCCCCUCACCUGUGCUUCAUGCAUGUGUGAAUCAAACUGGGACAAACAUGUUUUAUAGACCACAAAUGUCAGGUAAGUAAAGUUUGAGCUACUCUUGAGAUAUAAUUUCCAUACAAAUGUGCUGUAUUGUUGGUAUUUCUCUUCAAAUGCCUAUUGGAACACUAACUAGUCAGUUGGGAAUUCAGUUCCCUCAAGUAGGGCCUGUCUACAUGUGAUUUCUUGUGGAACGUGUCUGGGUGUAUAGAUUUUAAAAAAACAAAAAAAACAAUAUAUUGUAAAAUAAAGUGAUGCAGGCAGAAACCUACACAAUAUCACAGGAAGCAGGAGCAUUGAUCAGUACAUUAUUAGAGGUUUAGAAUUGGUCCACUCUGGUGUUUAGUUGAAAUACAGCUGACUGUUAACAAUGUGUGUGGUAUUCAUACCUCAGUCAGCCAUGUCAAAGCCCAAAGAACUUGAUUUCAUUUUACACUUUUCCAUUGAGGUUGUGAUAAGAUGGAACCUGAAUGCCUCUGUGUGUGUAUAAUUGACGAGGGUCUUUGUUCUGAUGAGAGAAAUGACGACAUAUAUACUUUUAUUUUUUUGGGUGGGGGGGUCAGGGUUCUUGUUUGUACUUUUGGGUGAUGAUAUGUUUAUGUUAUAGCACAUCUGUGCAGUAAGUGCUUGCAAACAUGAACCCUUUGAUUGUACAGUAGUUUCCUUCCUGUCACUGCAGGUAGUACAGCCUAUCAGGACACUUGGCCUCAUGGUCUUCCCUGUCCUAGUCAUGAGGGAACACAGUCCUGCAACUUUUGUUUGGGUUUUAUUUUGGGACUUGACAAGAGUUUAUUUGUUUGAAAAUAAAAUAUGUGACUCAGAUAUGA